UGUUCUGGGCCAGACACUAACCUGGACCUCUGCUUCCUUCUGAGGGACUCACGUUUUGUGCAAGACUUUGCGAUGGUCACUCCAGCCGUCGUAGUCUUCCCCGAGCAGCAAUACUGGGAGUCAGUGGUGCAGCGGCGGCGCCAUCUCGCCAUCGGGACGAACGCAGCACCUGAGGCGCAAGAAGAGGUCAACUUUGGGGGUGCGCAUUAUACUCGAGAAAUUACGAUAGGACCCGGAUGCGUCGCCGGCCAGCCACCGAGCCAGCCACCGGUUGAUGACUCGCUCCGCCGUCCGUCUCCGCGCCAGACCGCCAGCGAACCUUCAUCUUCUCACGCAGCGAGCCAAGCGAGGAGCGCCUUUUGUUUCGGCGUGAACAAAAACCAAAAAAAAAAAAAACAAACCACAAACAAUAAACUAAAACAACAACAACAACAAAAAACCUCAGAAGCCUCCUGUCGCCUCGUCAGCCAUGAGCCAGAGGUUCACCGUCUCCAAGAGCGACGGCGGCAGCGGCGGCUGCGGGCUCCCCGCGGCGGACAUCCAGGGGGAGGUGAACCAGCUCUUCGAGGGCGACGAGCCGGCGACGGCGGCCGGCGCCGAGGGCGACGCGGCCGGGGUCGACGACGCCGAGUCGGCGGCGGACCAGGGGACGUCCGCGGUGGUGAUGCUGAAAGGUGACAGCAACCCCAAGGAGAGCAGCCCCUUUAUCAACAGCAGCGAUGCGGCGGCGGAGAAGAGCCAGCAGUACGACGGCAAGAACAUGGCCCUGUUCGAGGAGGAGAUGGACACCAGCCCCAUGGUGUCGUCUCUGCUCAGCAGCCUGGCCAACUACUCCAACCUGCCGCAGGGUAGCAAGGAGCACGAGGAGGCUGAGAACAACGAGGCCGAGUCGUCCCGCAAGAAACCCGUCAAGGCCCCCCAGCUCGGGACUCUGAUGGGCGUCUACCUGCCGUGCAUCCAGAACAUCUUUGGCGUCAUCCUCUUCCUCAGGAUGACCUGGCUGGUCGGCAUCGGCGGAAUCAUCGGGACCUUCAUCAUCGUCUUCAUGUGCUGCACUACUACCAUGCUGACUGCCAUCUCCAUGAGCGCCAUCGCCACAAAUGGAGUCGUGCCAGCCGGCGGCUCGUACUACAUGAUAUCCCGUUCGCUGGGGCCCGAAUUCGGGGGCGCGGUGGGGAUCUGCUUCUACCUGGGGACAACCUACGCCGGAGCCAUGUACAUCCUGGGGGCCAUCGAGCUGCUCCUGAUCUACAUUGUGCCCAAGGCGGCCAUCUUCCCGCUGGAGGGCCUGGAGGGCGAGGAGGCGGAGGCGGCUCUGCUCAACAACAUGCGCGUGUACGGCACCAUCUUGCUGACCUCCAUGGCCACCGUAGUGUUUGUCGGCGUCAAGUACGUCAACAAGCUGGCUUUGGUCUUCCUGGCCUGCGUCAUCCUCUCCAUCCUGGCCGUCUACGCCGGCGUCAUCAAGACGGGCGUGGAACCUCCCGACUUUCCCGUUUGCGUGCUGGGCAACCGCACGUUGGUGUGGAAGACGUUCGACGUUUGCGCCAAGACGGUGGAGACGGCCAACGGGACGGUGACCACCGAGCUGUGGCGCAUGUUCUGCGACUCGGCCCUGCUCAACGCCACGUGCGACAAAUAUUUUGUCGCCAACAACGUGACGCAGAUCCAAGGCAUCCCCGGGGUCACUAGCGGCAUCUGGACAGAGAACCUGUUUGGGACGUACUACGAGAAAGGGGACCUGAUCGCCCGGGUCAACAUGGAGUCCACGGAGGAGCAGGACGACCCCCUGACCAACGCCAACCGCUACGUGCUGGCCGACAUCACCAGCUUCUUCACGCUCCUGGUCGGCAUCUACUUCCCCUCGGUGACAGGAAUUAUGGCCGGCUCCAACCGCUCGGGGGACCUGCGCGACGCCCAGAAGUCCAUCCCCGUGGGAACCAUCGCCGCCAUCACCACCACCUCCUUGGUCUACAUGUCCAGCGUCAUUCUGUUCGGCGCCUGCAUCGACGGCGUCGUCCUCCGAGACAAGUUCGGGGAAGGCGUGCACGGAAACCUGGUCAUCGGCACGUUGGCGUGGCCGUCGCCGUGGGUGAUCGUGAUCGGCUCGUUCUUCUCCACCUGCGGGGCCGGACUGCAGAGCCUGACGGGGGCGCCGCGGCUCCUGCAGGCCAUCGCCAAAGACGGAAUCGUACCCGCGCUACGGAUCUUCGGACACGGGAAGGCCAACGGGGAGCCCACGUGGUCCUUGCUGCUGACGGCGUUCAUUUGCGAGAGCGGAAUCCUCAUCGCCUCCCUCGACUCGGUGGCUCCCAUCUUGUCCAUGUUUUUCCUGAUGUGCUACAUGUUUGUCAACCUGGCGUGCGCCCUCCAGACUCUGCUGCGGACCCCCAACUGGAGGCCCCGCUUCAAGUUCUACCAUUGGACUUUGUCCUUCUUGGGGAUGAGCUUGUGUCUCACGCUUAUGUUCCUGUGCUCCUGGUACUACGCCAUCGUCGCCAUGGUGAUCGCCGGCUCCAUCUACAAGUAUAUUGAGUUCGCAGGUGCGGAGAAGGAGUGGGGCGACGGCAUUCGAGGUCUGUCCCUGAGCGCCGCGCGUUACGCUCUGAUGCGUCUGGAGGAGGGUCCCCCCCACACCAAGAACUGGAGGCCGCAGCUGCUGGUGCUGGUGAGCACGGACGCCGAGCAGAACGUGGAGCAGCCCAGGCUGCUUUCGCUCACCAACCAGCUGAAGGCGGGCAAGGGGCUGACCAUCGUGGGCACGGCGCUGGUGGGCACCUACCUGGACAACUACGAACACACCCAGCGGGCCGAGCAGGCGCUGCGUAAAGUGAUGGAGACGGAGAAGGUGAAGGGCUUCUGCCAGGUGACGGUGUCCUCCAACCUGCGCGACGCCACCUCCCACCUGCUCCAGGCCAGCGGCCUCGGCGGCCUGAAGCACAACGCCAUGCUGGUGUCGUGGCCGCGCAACUGGAAGCAGGGCGACGAGCACCAGACCUGGAGGAACUUUGUUGAGUUGGUGAGAGAAACCACCGCGGCCCACCUGGCUCUGCUCGUCCCCAAAAACAUCGCGGCCUUCCCGUCCAACGGCGAGCGCUUCACCGAGGGCCACAUCGACGUGUGGUGGAUCGUGCACGACGGCGGCAUGCUCAUGCUGCUCCCCUUCCUCCUGCGCCAGCACAAGGUGUGGAGGAAGUGCAAGAUGCGCAUCUUCACCGUGGCCCAGCUGGACGACAACAGCAUCCAGAUGAAAAAGGACCUGACCACCUUCCUCUAUCAUCUCCGUAUCGACGCCAUGGUGGAAGUGGUGGAAAUGCACGACAGCGACAUCUCGGCGUACACCUACGAGAAGACCCUGGUGAUGGAGCAGCGCUCGCAGAUGCUGAAGCAGAUCAAUCUGAGCAAGAACGAGCGUGAGAGGGAGAUCCAGAGCAUCACCGACUCAUCCCGCGGCUCCAUCCGGCGCAAGAACCCGGCGACCGUGACCACGCAGCUGAGUGUGAGUGAAGAACCGCCGGCGGCCGGCAAGGACGAGAAGCCGGAAGAGGAGGUGCAGCUGAUCCACGACAACACCACCCCGACCAGCCCCGCCCCCCCGGCGGCGACGCCGGCCCCGGCCGAGGCGGCCCAGAGCCCCGGGGAGCAGGUUCAGAUGACCUGGACGGAGAAGUGCGACGGGGAAGCCGGCAAGCCGGCCGGAGCGGCCGCGCCCUGCGGCAUCAAGGACAUCUUCAACAUGAAGCCGAACCAGUCCAACGUGCGACGCAUGCACACGGCACUGCGACUCAAUGAGGUCAUCAUCAAGAAGUCCUCAGAGGCUAAACUGGUCCUGCUCAACAUGCCCGGACCGCCCAAGAACCGGACGGGCGACGAGAACUACAUGGAGUUCCUCGAGGUCCUCACUGAAGGUCUCAACCGGGUCCUCCUGGUCCGCGGAGGCGGACGCGAGGUCAUCACCAUCUACUCCUGAAAAAGCAGACCCACCCCCUUGGCCCCCUCCUUCCCUCCAACCUGACCAUUACCAACCCCACCACACCCCCACCCGCCACUGUGUUCUCUGUCUCACCCAAGUCACUCAACGCUGCUUCAUCUUCAUUUCGCCCACACUGUUUAAUGGAUUAUCCGACCCGCCCGACGGCCCGACUCGGCUUCAGCUCCCCAACUAGCAGAAUCGCGGCGGGCCAAGUCGUAGACUGGUUUAGACGCUAGACCUGCAUCGGUUCCGUCUUCAUUAGCUGAGGCCGCCGUCGGAUGCAUGCUAGCUUGUCUUUUCCGUUUUAAUCUGUCGUUUAUUAUAACCUUGGGGGUGUGAAGCAGCAGCAGCAGCAGCUUCGAAAUGAGUCCUGUCUUUGGGACCUUAGACCACCCCCAAGACCACCACCAGCCAGGAAAGGGGUCACCAUGUACAAACUGUGAAAUGCGCUCGGCCUGCUUUAGCGUAAAUGGACUCCCCCCCCCCCCCCCCCACCCUAGUCGUGGCCACCGGAUGUGCCAAAAACAAAACAGAGUGUGCAGAAAAUGAGCAUUUUUAAUCUAACACAAGAACAAACAAACCAGUUCACAUGUAGCAUUCCGUGUGGACUCGAAUGAGUUGAAAGCAACAACAUCAGCAAACUGCAGUAAAAAUCAAAUCUUACAAGUGUAUGCACAAAGUCCACUGCGAUAACGCUUGAAAGGUGUUUGGCAUUGAUCCCGCCCGAUGGAUCGCGAGCCGGACUGAUUGAAUCUGCAUUUUUUUGUGUUAGAUUAAAAAUAAUAAUCGUACCAAGUUAGCGGAACUUGUAGACAAACAACAGCAGGCAAGCGGCAGGAGUCGACGAGGACGUAAACGCUGGGAUGGAGGGGGGGGGGGGCACAACCAGCAGCCCUUUGUGUGGAUCCCUGUAAAUAAUGUAUAAGCUCGGACGCUUCGUUGGGUAGGAGUGUAAUAUUUUUGUGACGUAUUCCAAGAAAAAAAAAAAAAUCCGAGGAGAAACAGUCCGUAUGAGGGUCGGCGGUUUUAAAUUUGUAUUUAUUUUAUUUAUGGGAUGGCCGCCAUGCACAUACCUGCAUUGUUCGAACAGCAAAAAAAAAAAAAGUACCGUAAUUCCCGACCUACAAGCACAGCCGCUGGGCUAGUUAGCAUCAGCACUACCACAUUAGCGUUAGUGCCUCCGUGUUAGCGUUAGCGCCGCCGCGUUACCGGUAACAACGACGCUUUAGCGCGGCCUCGCUAGCGUUAAAAUUGUUUCUGUGUACCGAGGCUUAUCACCAGGUGCGCUCCGUGGGCCGGGAAUUACGAUAUUCAUCGUUUUAGAAAGAGCUUAUCGACGAGAGUAGUUGUAGGUCAUCCACAGUUUUUUUUUGUUUUUUUGCCAAAUCUAUAUCCAUUAAAUGUGCCAUAUUUAAAGUCGAAUUCUAUAUAAUCAGAAAACGAAGUGCGCUAACUUUAUGUCAAAAGUCAAAGAGGUCUACGUGCAAUUUCAAGCGUGGGAUUGGGAAGUAGAUGACGGAAUUUUCAUCUUUUCCCAAGCAGGCUUCUGUAGCAAGGAAAGCCACUUUGUCCACCAGACAAACUUCUAUGCAGUAGACUCACAAGAUACAUUUUGUAUACCCGCAAAUAUACACAUUUAAUAUAUACGACGAUAGGUAUAUACAGUACCGUGCGCAAAUCUCGCGACUGCUAGCUUUGUUGUUUUAAGUUUUUUGAUAGUAGGAUAAAGUUCGUGACAUUAGGCAUAUAAAAAUGUGCGCAAUUUGUGUGUGUGUGGGGGGGGGGGUAAUUCUUCCACACAGGCGUCAGCUAGGAUAGGCUCCCUCACCAUUUGUGAGGAUAAGCGGCUUUGAAAAUGGCGGGAUGGAAAUGCUGUUCAGAGCCAGAACUGAAGUAUUUAUCCGCCCUGACUUUUCCAGCAGAACCCCGCAAAGGCAGGUUUGUUGCCGGUAUUGAUCAAAUUUGCAGGACGACCGACGUCACACGCACAACCUACAAAAUCCAAAUCCAACUUGCACCUAUUUCACACCGUGACGCCGCUAAAUUACCUAGAACAAUCAGCAUUUAUGCGCCUUUGUCGCAGAACCCAGCGAAAGCGGGCCGCUGCUGCAACUGCAUGCGAUUUCACACGUCAACAACAUGGCGGCUUCCCGCGCGCGUGCGGCGUUGCGGACGGCAAUGAUGACCGCGUGCCGUUGGAAUGUUCAAUUCAAGAGAUUCUCCACGUUCCGCUAGAGGGAGGCCACAAACAACUUUGGUCAAAACAACAAAGUACCGGGGUCCCAAGACUAUACUACUGUAUAGUGCUCGUGCACCUACGUCAUAAAAUGACAUGACUUUAGUUGACUUUGCCAUAUUGCCGGUCAAGCUAAGCCUUGCUCAAUGCUAAGUCAGUUGGCGACGACACGAUAAAAUGUCUUAUAGCAUGACGCCCAGAGUCUUGUUCGAUACCGUUAGACGUUUAGAAGGUGAAAAUAAACGACGGUACGUGGAAAAAUUAGAUAAACUCGGCAUAGAGGACCCGUAUUUCAUGCCAAAGUCGAUGUUUUCGCCACUAAGAAAUGUGUUAAUUCGCUUCUGCUUGUCUUGGACAACUGGAUCUACACAAGAAUCUGGUGAGUAAGUCGUCGAGAUUUACACGGAAAAGUUUAAAAGCGUAGAAAAGUCUGGACGCAUACGAAUACUUUGUUGCUGGAUCUGUUCUCAAUCAGGAAUAAAUGCCACAUAGUGGGUUUUGACGGCUCGUGAACACGGAAGCGUGUUCGGUGACACAUUAACCUUUGCCAGAAUCCAUCGAACUUUUCAGCUAGUAUUCAAUACAAAUGCCAAUAUUUAAAUAAAUAACCCCUGGUUUUACACAAACUCACAUUCAUUAACUAUGAUUGGAAAUAAAAAGAGGACGAAGUCAUCUCCACGGAACGUACACGGAAGCGAUUGCGGCCACAUUUAACCACCGUAAACCCAUGCGACAGUUUUUUUUUUUUUUUUUUUUAAACACGCGUCGUUCUCAAACGAGCUAACUUGGCAUUAUAAAUACUUUUUGCUAAUUUGAGAUUGAGAAGAAUAAUUCCUACCUGAAAUGAAGCGAUCGCUUUGGUUGGGCGCCAUCCAUCACGUUUAAUUGCUGAAAUCCAUCGAUAUUUUCUGGUCUUUUCAGAUGGUAAUUCAUAGAAUGAUAUCUUUGAAGAACUGCGUUGUUUAUUGUGACGACCAACAGCGCAACGGGUCUCGGGCAAUUUGAAGAAUCUGCUCCGGUUCUACGGCUCCCGCAGCGCCGAGUAGUCGGGUUCGACCGGCAAUAUGGCGCCGUGCGAAUUGUGACGUGACGUGCGCGAGCUCUAUUUCGUCUGGAUUGCGGCGUCAGAUUGAGAAGCGCAUCUGCGGAGUAUAACGUGCAAUAUCGAAAACGGGGACUCGCGUCUUAUUUUUCACAUUGAUCUAUUUUUCCAUCACGUCUUCUGUCUGUAGAGCCAUCUCGAGUCACUGUUUUUUGGGGGAGGGGGGCUCACGUGGACUUGUAGUAGAACUAUAAAUGGAUAAUAUACAUAUUUAUUUCUACAUGGAAUUCAGAAUGAAACUAGUUUGUAGAGCUAUUUAAAAACAACAAGGACUAAAGCUUUUGUUUUUGGUGUUGCUCGAAUGUCCAGGCCCGUUUGUGGUGAAUGCUGCUAAGUAUCGGUAAGACGUCUUUGUACUGUACAUAAAGACCACCCGGACCACUUCGACACGAGGUGGUCGUUUGAAAAACUAAUCAGUAAAAAGAAAAAAAAAAAAAGUAGAGAUAAUAUACAUAUCAGCGCUGGAGGGCGACGCAAAGCAUUAGAUAAAAUACUGACGCAAUAGAACACGUUUUGGCACUCCUUUAGUUAUCGAUAAUUUGUUUUGUAAAUGAUUUGAAAAUCGCCAAAAUGUGGCUAUGAUGUAUGAAUUAUUUCGGCUAAACGAGUCAAAAAGAGAAAAUUAUUAUUUUUGGUUUUUGGGUGGUUUGACAUUUGCCUGCAUCAACUGAGCCUUUGAAAAAAGUCAGAAGAGACGCGCGAGGUUUAAUCGUAAUCCAGUUGAGGAAAAAAAGAAAAAAUAACUCAAUGUUUUAUAAUCGCUGUUUGCAUGGAAACGUGUGGCGAUAUUUGUUUUUGUGGUUUUUAAGGCUGCCAAAUGUUGACCUACAAAGGUCGUCUUGGGGGGGGGGGUAAAAAAAAAUCAUUUCAUGACUUGUUUGAAUAGUCUUGUGAAAGUUUUUUUUU